UCCACUCUUGAAACAACUGCAAGACCAUGUAACCACAGCACAACCAAUUCCACAGAGGUAACAGCUGAUAAGUUCACACUAUGUACGCAAUAAGUACUAGUCUACCCGUGAUGUUUAGAGGCAAUUACUGACUAGAAAAGCCAGUAAGACUACAGCGUUGGUUUGAAUGUUGGAAUGUGCAGAAUGGCUUUGUGAGAGCAGGUUGCCCAUGUCUGAGCCAACCUGUUAAGGUGCAAGACUGGAUUGGUACAGCAUGGUUUCCCACACCUGCAUUUUAUCAGAAGAACAGCUCCAGUGCUCCAUAUGUCAGCACAUGUUCACCAACCCAGUCUGCAUCCCGUGUGGACACACCUUCUGCCUGAGUUGCAUCUCAGACUACUGGGAUGGCCGGCAGCAGGAGCAGUGUCCAAACUGUAAAGAGGUCUUCCUCGUCAGACCUAGGCUCAGCGUUAAUGUCUUUGUGACGAAGCUGAUUAAUCGUCUCCGGAGGUCAGGUCUGGAUAACGUGGUACAGAUCUGCGAACAGCCUGUCAGUGAGCCUCACAGUACAACCACUGGGCUCACUGCAGGGAGGACUCUCUUGCUGCUCUGCAUUCUCGCUGUGGCCGUAGGAUAUGCAGCACAUGUGUUCCAGGACACUGCCCCAUCCAAGCUGGCGGAGCCCUGUGACCAGAGAACGCUCACCCAGGAAAUGGAAAAUAGCAAGAAGCUGAGAGACUCUUUUGAGGGGAAUAUGCAGAAGGCUGUAACUAAUUUGGACAGAAAACUGGACAAUCUGUCAAAAAAAGUAUCGGUCUUACUGAAAAACACAUUGAAAAUCCACACAACCAAACUGGGGAAGGUGUCUGAGAAGGAAACUGCAGCAGAGAGGAAACUGAAGAAUAUCCGGCAAUAUGAAGUGGAUGUGACCCUAGAUCCUGACACAGCCCAUCCAAGCCUUCUCCUUUCUUCUGAUGGUAAACAACUAUGGCAUGGACACACUCAACAAAACCUCACUAAUCACCCAAAGAGGUUUGACUACUGUAUCAGUGUCCUGGGAAAGGAGGGCUUCAACUCGGGGAGCUUUUACUACGAAGUGCAGGUCAAAGGAAAGACAAACUGGGAUCUAGGAGUGGUUCGAGAAUCCAUUAACAGGAAGGGGAAGAUUGUACUCGGUCCAACAAACGGGUAUUGGACAAUAUGGCUUCGGAAUGAUGAAAAUUAUGCUGCACUGGAUAUGCCUACUGUCCCAAUCUCUCUGAAAAACAGGCCUGAGACGGUGGGGGUGUUUGUGGAUUAUGAGGAAGGUCUUGUGUCCUUCUAUGAUGGGGACAGUGGGGGUCAUAUCUACUCUUUUACUGGUCUCUCUUUCACUGAAACACUCUACCCAUACUUCAGCCCUGGCCUUAGUUCAGGAGAUAAAAACUCAGCCCCGAUGAUCAUUUCCAGGCAUGUCUUCUAAAUUAAAUGUAGGGUCCGUUUCAUGUACUCUGAUCACUUAGGAUCAGAUCUAAACUUGAAAAUGAACUGUGAAGUCUUAGAUCACGUUAUCCAAUAUUAGCUCUGAUCUGGAUCAAACUCUCAGUAUGAAUUGUAAAAAUGUUUUAGAGAUACAUUUUGAUUUAAAUAAAUCAGGAUUAUCCUAAUCACA